AUGGAUGAAGCGAAGAGUAAAACACGGAAGAUAGAGAGAGAACUUGUGGACAUCCGGACACAAUGGGACACCGUAUUAAGUACAACCGACUCAAUUCUGUCAAACGACCCAAACAGCCGAAUGGUCAUCUCAUUUCCAGACACAUCGGAGUUGGUGACUCGUCUCCAACAACUCGAGCCAUUAAUCGAGGAAGUCAGACAACUUGUAACGGCGGUGGAAGACUCGAAGAGAAAUAUGUUGUCAAUAAAAAUCGACCAAAUCAUCGACGAGAAGAAAACGUUGUCAGAGCAAAUCAGUCAAAAAGAGUUGGAGAAGAAGGAUUAUAUAUAUCGCCAAGAGGACGCAAAUCGGAAGAACGAGGAGCGUGUCGGGAUGCGACAAACACGAAUGGGGUUAUAUGCCAAAGAAAGUGAAUCCCUCCGAACGUCAGAGUCUUUGGUGAAUGAUAUCUCCUCUAACAUCGAAGCAACUGUUUUCAUGUUAGAGGACCAAGGCUCACGACUUUCACAUACACAAAUACGUUGGAAUGAAUUAACGAGUGUGUUGGGGCUAUCGCGGACUGUAAUGAACUUGAUAAGCUCAAGAAAUAAAGGAGAUAGAAUUCUGGUAUAUGGAGGGUUGUUGGGGAUAGUCGUGAUACUCUUUUUGAUAUACUAUUUCCUUAAACGAUGA